GAGGCGAAGUUCUCGUACAGGUUUGAAGCUCAGUUAGAGUACACGGUGUCCGCGUUUAUGAAGGACGGCGACAGAUCCAUCGCGUCCCUUUCACUGGUGCCUGUGGUGGGCUGGGGGAGGAAAUACUUUGCUUUCUCUCUAAAAUACAUGCCAUCAAUUCAACUCUCUACCGAAUUUGGCCCCAACACUGUGAGCAUAACGCUUAAAAUGGGGGACCCAGCCAUACUACAACCCAUGAUUGGCGGCGAGAUGCAAUUUCCCGGUACUCCGUUCACAGUAGUGUUAGCCGAAUGCCAAUCGUAUGCUAUAUCGGAGUGCACAACGCCAAACCGAGAAAUCGGAGAAAUUACAGGGACAUAUAUUGAAGGGUCACUCCCCCUGGGCGUCGUGUCUGGCAGCUGCAAGUCUCCCAGUAAGACUUCACUAUGUUUCGGUAAAGACGCCGUGUAUGAGCACAUAGGCGGAAUGGACGAGGCCGUGGAGAUGCUUCUGCCGCAGGAAUCGUGGGGCACCGAGUACGUCACGACCACCCGCCUACUCCGGAAGGCGAACAACAUCGUGUACUUUGUUGCUGGGGAGGCGGCCACUACAGUUACAAUCAGACAUCCCGAUGGCCUCUUCGACAGAAUUUUGCAGAACGCUGGCGACUUUGACAAUUACGAGUCCGAACACUCCAUUGUGCUGAGAAGCGAGAAACCGUUCCAAGCCUUCAUUGUACAACCCUCCGCCUGCAAGGGCACGAACGACCCUGGGGCGGAAGACGACGAGCCGGCUGAUGUUGCCCUCAGUAUUAUAAUCCCGGCCGGGCUGUUUUUUUGCGGCUACCACAUCUGCAUCCUUCCCGGAGAAACGAUUACACUAUCUCACGUCGUCGCUGUUAUAGUUAGUGUCCGACACUCUGGCAAACUUCAGCUGAACAACAAUGCUUUACCAACAACGAUUGGUUGGACCAUGGCGUCUGAUGACACGGUUUGGCUGACCGGUCACUUCUCGGUCGAUCCCGGGACACACCUGAUCACAUCGACAAUGGAAGGGCUGACCUUUGGAUGCUACAUGGCGGGCAUGAACAACUUUAUGGAGUACAUGCAGCCUGCGCCUAGGAUCGCUUACUACAUCCCCGGGGGUGGGAACAUCGAACGGCCAGCGCCUGUAGAUGUGCAGCCGCCGCCCCAGCCACCACCGCCCCCACCUCCCCCACCUCCCCCACCACCGACGGAACCCGCCUGCGUGCCGUCUGCUACGAUGACCGCUGGUGAUGGUAUCGAUAACGAUUGUGAUAACGCCAUCGAUGAGGAGGCCAAUGACCAAGUUGAUAACGACAACGACGGGCAAGUCGAUGAAGAUCUAAUAUUCCCAGUCAAAAUUGAUGGAAGCUGGGGUGAAUGGUUAUCAUGGGAAUGUGCACCCGAUUGUACAGAGACCAGAUUUUUGAGAAAAAGGUUAUGCGACAACCCAGCGCCAAAGGGCGGCGGUGCAGCUUGCGAAGGUGAAGAAAUCGACUGGAAGGACGGGAACUGCUACCAAGAUACGAUGUGUCCAGCAAAUUGUCCAGCGUUCAAGUGGGGUGUUAACUGUAAAGGCUCCUGCAUCAACUGCCGGGAGGACUGCAACAAGUACCUCGGCAACUGCACGAGGUGCAAGGCCGGCUUCAAAACACCCAAAAUCGGCUGUCUUAGAGCAUGCGAUUCAUUUGAGUUUGGUGAAGACUGCAAGGGCAGCUGUCAAGAAAAGUGUGGGGAGGACUGUGAAGAUCGCAUCGAGGGAAAUUGUCCUGCCACAUCAUUCGGCUAUCUCUUCUUGUUUCUUCUGCUGAUCCCAAUACUCCUGGCAGCCUUCUACUUUUUACGGCCAAAGUCCAGGUGGGGGAAGGGCUAUAUGGGGGAGGAUGUCGAUGAGCCCCCCGCGGAGGAUGCGAUGCCCACGACUCAGGGAGACGAACCACAAGACGAUGAAGAGGAUGAAGUCUAG